AUGAGCUCGCAGGACAAUGUCCCGCGUUUCUCCAGCUUCCGACCUCUCCCACCUCCUCCUCCGGACGCCCCCACCGGUAAGGACCACCGCCGUCGCCAUCGACGGCGGGCAGAUCACACUGGGUCUCCGCGGCCUCAAACCAGCCGCCGAGAUGAUCGCCAUUCGCAGCCGGUAAAGGACGCUGGAGUCGAAAAAGCCGAUGAAAACCCUGACUGGGUUGUCGACACGAGAGGCGAUCGACAAAAUCUCAUCUACGGCACGACACAUCGUUAUGACGUCCCAAACUAUCGUCGCGUUGGUAGCGGGCUCGUGAUGGGUGCUCCUGGCAAGCGCAUCGAAAUCGCGACCCGAGACAGUAAUAACUUGGUCCUACGCGCCGAUUCUGGUGUGCCCGCUCCCAAACUCCUCUCCUCCGCCAAGCUGCCACCAUUGUCUCCGGCUCUCACUUUUUGCGCGCGCCCCGACACAGCAUCUGGCAUCAAAAACCAAAGUGACUUCAUCCCACUCGAACUCUCACCUCGGCAAUUAUCUGCAGGUGAGAUUGAUGUCACUGAUGAGAGUCGGUCUUACCGCUCCAUCCUUGGUCCCAGCCAGUCUGAAGAUGCAUCCACUGAGGACAACAAUGGCGAUAAGCUCAUGCGAGCUGCGUUCGAGGAUGAAAUUUUGGGCCGCAACGCCGAGUUAAGUCGCCAAACGGAGCGAGAGCCGGAGAAUGUUACUGCAUGGCUUCAUCUUGCUGAACACCAAGAGCGCGUUAUUCUUCCGGUGAGACACAACGACCGCUCCUUCAACUAUGCCGAAACAAAGCUGGUAGCGGAGGCUAAACUCUCCAUUUAUGAACGGGCCUUGAAGGUGAAUGGUGAGAACUCUCGGCGUGAUCACCUUCUGCUUGCUCGCAUGGAAGAAGGCACGAAGGUUUGGGACUCCAACAAGCUUUCCAAAGAGUGGGAAGCAACUCUAUGCUAUAACUCCGAGUUUAUUAGCCUAUGGGUCAAAUAUCUGGACUUCUGUCAGACGGACUUCGAAAAUUUCGACUUCGAUCAUUGCUUCACCUCUUACGUGUACUGUCUGAAACUCCAUUCGAACGUCGGUUCCGGUCUGCAUAACAACCACAUUCGGACAUACAUACUCCUUCGCCUUACGCUGUUCCUUCGAGAAGCAGGCUUCAUGGAACUAGCCGUCGGUUUAUGGCAAGCGGUGCUUGAGUUUACGUGCUUCCGACCCUCUCAUCUUUCUGACAAAGCAAAAGCUUCAGAGGAGUUCCAGGCGUUCUGGGAAUCCGAUCUUCCACGUAUUGGAGAGCCAAAUGCCAAGGGUUGGAGAAACGGGAAUUCCCCUGUCACCGUUCCUGACGACUCGAUUUACGAAUACGAAGCUACGCUGCCAAACUUGUUUUCAACCUGGGCAUCUGCAGAGAGGAAAUAUGUCAUGAAGAGUCGCAUACCUACACGCAGCCUCAAUUCAUCCAAAGAGGAUGAAGCAUUCCGAGUAGUCCUUGCCGAAGACUGCAAGCAGAUACUCCCGUACUUCUGGGAUUUCCAAGAGAAUAUGGAUGACAUUAUUGAUGGAUUCUUAUAUUUCUGUCAUUUGCCUCAUCUGACUGUACCUGAAAAUAUGCUAACGACGCGACUGUGGAGCGGCGACAAUUUCCUUCGAAAUGAAUUCAUGGAUGAUCCUCGAAGUACACUUGAUGAUUGGAUCAUUCCCCAGCAAAAUGUUGAAACGGCAGCAAUCAUGCCCUUCGAAUUCCCACAUCACAAUUUUGUUCACACUACAGAGACGCUCUUUGCCGAUCCGAAAUUGUGGUUUUCAGCACUGGAGAAAUGGGGCGCGACCACUUCUAGCGACACCUCAGUGAUUGAUCCUGGAUUUGCACGAUCGGUUCUCCAUAUUCUAGUUCACGAGUUUCCGGAUGACGAUCAAUUGGCCGAAUAUGCCAUUGCUGUGGAUUUCGCGUGUGACAAAAACCUGGGCAAAAAAUACGGCAAGCAACUGUUGAAACAGCGAGCGUCGAAAUUGAGACUGUAUAAUGCUGUCGCACUGAUGCACUGGCGUACAGGUCAUCGUGAUGUUGCUCAUAAUAUCUGGUCAACUGCUUUGUCGAUGAGCCAGACUUUCGAGGUGGAUGAACGCAUAGACGCUAUUCUUCUGUGGAACUCCUGGAUAUGGGAGAUGCUGCAUGAUCGGGACAUGUUCCGUGUUGCGUAUCUGUUGCAAGCUAUACCUUGGCAAAAGGUGCACAUGCUGUCAUACGACACCGCCGAUGAAAGGGAACUUAAUGCGACCAAGUUCCUCCGAAUCCAGCAGUUCUUGCUGGUCGGCCAACAAAAUUCCCUUGCAUACAGAAAGCAUCAAGUAUUUGCAGCUUACACUGAUUGUCUCGCUAUCCUCCAUUUCGCGGUAGGCCACCCACUGAAACAAGUUCUUGGAGUCUAUGAGGAAGCAGGUUCGCAAUCUAUGAAUCUGCCCCAAAGCGAAGAAACCAGCAAGGUCUUUGCCGCAGAGUUACUUCACCAAGCUCGCACGAGAAUCAUUUACUACUAUGUGGAGAAUCGAACUGGGCAAUUCAAACCCGCUGAGGUCCGCGAGAGACUUCUCAACAGCCUUCAGCUCUGGCCCCAAAACACCAUGUUCUUGUCGCUGUUCAAAUGGAACGACGCUCGCUUGCGUCUCAUGGACCGUACUCGCGACAUUCUCGAUAUUGCCAGUCUAGCGGAGGGCAGCGCCUCCCAGGAGAGCAAUGGAUCUAUUCAUGUUCAUCGUGUCCCAAUCACAACUCAUCUGUUGAGUAUUUAUACCGAGCUCGGUCGCCCUCUCGUUUUCGGCUCAACUGCCCAUUCUAUCCGUGCGGCCUUUGAAAGAGCAAUUGGUGACCGUUCCAUCCCAAUGGGCAAAACACCUCUGAAACGGGGCCUUUACGACCUCUCCAGCUCCAGUCGCGCUCAAAACAACAUUACUGUCUGGAAGCUUUACAUAUUCUUCGAACUUUUCACCGAGCACAACAUUCCUCGCGCUCGGGAAAUCUUCCUGCGCGCCUUCCGCGCGUGUCCCUGGUCCAAGGAGCUUUUUAUGAUUGCAUUCGAGCACAUGCGUGCUGAUAUUACCAGCCAACUUCCCCGGUGUCGGAUCAAUAAAAAGAACGAGCCCAACCCUCCAGGAUUUGGCUUUGCCGAGCUUAAGGCCCUUUACUCCGAUGCUCAGCUGCGAGGAAUCAGAAUUCAUCACAAUAUCAGCGGCUACUUCUACCGCAAGGGCAAAGAAGACAGGAAUGGCCAGGAUGACCAAUUUUCCGAUACCUCCGAUGAUGAAGACGACCAGCCACCUAAGAAGAUCCACCGACGCAUGAGUCACUGUGGGGAUUUCUACCAUCUUCCUACUGUUAUCGAAGAGGAAUCUGCUAUGAUGGAGGAGAAUUCUUGA